UAGUACAGAGCAAUUAUAAUUAAAAUCUUGUGGCUUGUUUAACAAUCGAUGGUCAGCUACUUCAAACGGCCCAUGAGACUAAAUGUGUGAACCCAUUGUGACGGCGAUUAGCAAGUUGUUUACACAACAUCAUUGUAACAACAUUAUCCUAAUCACCUUCAACAACACAAAUAGGACCAAAUUCAACAGCCCGUGAUAAUUGACCAUUGUAGCGUCAAAACACGGCUUGUGUUUGUUUUAGCAGCCUUUUCGCAAAGCCAAAUUAAACAAUAGGUGAUACUUUGCACUCAUUAAGACAGCAUUGACGAUUAACAAUAGGAUUAAGUGUCAAUUGGGGGAUGAACGAAGUUACGGAAGUAAUUAAACAAAUUAAAAUCUCUCGUAUUUAAUACCUGACCAUCUUAGUUGGAAUCAGUUUCACCCUGACUUUCACUGAGAUAACACAUUCUAACUUUGGGAUUUUUAAUGAGUAUUACCAAUCGAACAAUGUUGUCCGAGGCCAAACCUAAGAAGGCUGCGUUCUCCAUUGAGUUUUUGGCUAGGAGUAGCCAUGAUGAAAAAGACAAUGGAAGUUCAAAAAACUCGGUCUCUGAAGAUGCCGUGAUACAGUCAACAUUCAGAACGGACUUCAGUGGUUCAGCCUUCAUCACACCUGAAAAAUCUCCCUCGUCUCCUUUGUUGAUGUCUUCUCUGAGUUCCACAAAGACCUCCUACCCGUUAAAGCUUCCUCUGAUAUCGCCAACCAAUUCCGCUGUGAAAAGGAAGAGGGAGGAUUCUUGUGAUUCUGGCGUGGAGAGCCCCUCUCCGGAUCGAUUUCGUCACAUCAGCGAAGCCAGCAACUCCUCAAACAGUUCCUUUAAUACAUCAGAUUUGGACGACUGUGACGAUCUCCAGAGACGUAAGAAGGCACGCACGGCUUUUUCCACAGAGCAGAUUCACGAUCUAGAGAAGCGGUACCAGGCACAGAAGUACCUUCCUGCCAACGAACGGCAAGCUCUGGCUGAAAAACUGGGCCUCUCUGACCAACAGGUCAAGACUUGGUUCCAGAACAGAAGAAUGAAAGAAAAGAGACAGAAGCGGGACGAUGAACAUGCGCGGUCCUUCAGUCUCCCGACAGGUGGCGUUGAUGUCUCUCAGCUGACGGCCCUAGGACUUCCGUGUCCCCCACCCUACAAUGUUACAGCCACCAACUUCGGACAGCUUCCCGGAAUGACCCACAUCCCUCCACAGUAUCCCGUGACGUCAUCACCAGGACAUUUCCCACCCGUGCUACCGUACUCCCCCGCACCAUUCCAAAUGAGUCCGAGUUUUAUUCCGGGACAAUCUUUCCGAGUGCCUUAUCCUUAUGUGAACUAUUCCCCGAGCAUGGCCUCCCCUAAGUUACAACAGAUGCCUCGUGUCCCCGAGAAGUCCAGUGUGUGAUAUAAGCUAAAACUUUAUUUAUUUGUCAACAACGAUGAUGUAUAUGUGAUAUGUAUGCCCCAACACAGUAGUGUUUCAUGUGCCAAAUUUGUUAAUAAAUUUAUA